UGGAAAAGAAAACCAUUUAACAACUAUUGCAAUCAUCGUUAUCAAACGCGGCAAACAGAUUGAGCUGAUAACAAUAUUAUGUUAUCGUGCAGUGCACAUGCUGUACUUUGUCGUGAUGGCUUUUUUGACAAUAAUUGUUGUUUCGUGCACUACAAUAAAAUAAAUUACCUACGUAUGCAGCUGUUAUAAAUGUUAAAUAAACCACCCCUUUUUUUAAAUGUAACAAUAAAUUAAAAAAAUAUUGACGCUUUUUAUAACGAUAACAUUGUUGUUUUAUUUUGUUGAACAUUCGCACGUUAUUUAAUUUGCAAGUGUUGUUUGAUGUAAAAAUACAAAAUUAAAAAUAUCUCUUGAUUUAGAGUGUCGGUAUUUCAGUUACUUGAUAAUUAUUAUUUUAUAAUAAAGUCGCCGUCAGUAUGGAUGCAAAUGUCGAUUUUGAAAAGUCGUCAACAACCGAGCUGGACGCUGGUGAAUUUUAUUUCGAAACCGAUUUUUAUUUACUGAAAAAGAACAAGGAUUACCAAAAUCUAUUGAAAACACUGGCCAUUCUCGAAGUGCAACGUUCCAUCAUAGUGCAAAACAUUGAAAAAAUAGUUGAAUUAGAAGAAAAAGUUAUCAAGAAUCCGUUGAGCAUUUUAAAUAAAAUUGUAAAACAAGAAGAUUUCGGUGUGUUGAAAAAAGUAACAGUUGCUAAAGUACCAAAAAUAGAUUGGUCUAAAUAUACAACACAUGAAGAAAGCGAACAAUCAAAACUAGUUUGUGACAUUAAUUUGCGGAAUAAAAACAUAUCCGACAAACAAGAAUUACAAAGCGCUAAUGCAACUGAUGUAGACAAGCCAGAAACAUUUAAAAAGCCUUGGUCAGUAGAGGAACAGUUACGCCUUGAAGAACUGUUAGUAGAAUAUCCUCCUGAAAGAAAUGAAAGUAAUAGACAUAGAAAGAUAGCGGAAGCAUUGGGUACGAGAAAUUUGCGACAAGUAUGCAGCAGAAUUCAAAAGUACAACAUGAAAAUGAAGAAAGUUGGUCAAAUUAAACCUAUAAAUGCAAGCGCAAAGAACUUGAACAAAAAAACUGCUACUUUAAGUCAUAGAAACAUUGGAGCGUUAUUAAAACCAACUACGUUUAUUCCUUCUACCACAUUGUCAGAUGAUGUGGAUGUUUACAAUUCGGAUCGAAACAAUGUAAAGUUAAAACAAAAUAUUGAGAUGAGUAGCGAAAGAAAGUUAGAAAUUCUGGAUCAAGUAUUAAAAGAUAAACUGUCUGAAUCUGAUAAUUGCGUUAUCCAUAAAAAUUAUAAAUGUUGUAUGUGCCAGUUAGACCCCAUCUUAGGAACGAGAUGGAAUUGUUCGGAUUGCCCUUCUAUAGGAAGAAGUACUGAUUUCUGUAGCGAUUGUAUAGUUGAUCUUGUAAGGAAUAUUUUCGAAGAACCACCACAUCCUUUGGAUCAUUGUGUAAUUCCUAUUAAGCAUAUACAAGAAGAUGACAACUUAGAUAGCCUUGUUGAUCCAAAUUAUGUGCCAUUAGUAUUUAAAACUCAAAAUUAUCUGGACCCAAAUUUUAUGGUACAAAGUUAAUAACAUUAAGUAUAUUUAAAUAUUUACUUGUAUGUACAGUGUUUUUAACGUAUUAUUAUGUGUUUACUAUGUUAAUAUGUACAUUUAACUUUUUUAGACACCAAUGUGUCUUGUGACACAUUGACUAAUUUUAUUAUAAUUUUAAAUAACUAUGUUAUGUAUAAA